AUGUAUGAAGAAGAACAGAAAGAGAGGAUUACCCGAAAGAUUUACUCCAGAUUUGGUGAAUUAUUGGAUAGUGGUCUAGGAACCGAUACGCUCAUAGAAGUUGGAAAAGAGCCAAAUAUUAAAAGUUUUCGUGCUCACUCGUUCAUUUUAUUUGCCGUCUCUCCAUAUUUUCAAACAGCUUUGUCCAAACCAUGGGUUCAUAAAGUUGAUGACAAAAUUCACUAUAAGAAGCCGAACAUCUCACCAAAAAUAUUUGAAAUGAUAUUAAAUUUUAUAUACAAAGCAGAGUUGAAUUUGAAACAACAAAAGGUUGCGGAUAUUUGUAGCCUAAUUAAAGCAUCCGAUGAAUUAAGCAUUGACAUCCUUAAUGAACAUAUUCUCGAAUGUGUCUUACAAGAUCCGCGCAGGCUCAUCGAUGAGGACCCCGUGAAUAUUUUACAAAUCAUAUUUCGAUAUGAUUAUUUUUCCGACUUUCGGGAAACAUUUCUUCGAAUCACUUGUGAAAAUCCUGAGAAAUGGUUUCAAAUUACUGGAAAAGAUUUUUGGUAUAAUGUUAAACCAUUUAAAAAAGUUUUACCAAAAGAAAUGUACGAUGAUAUUUUGGGAUACAACAUUGACAAUUCAAUUCAACCGAAAUCAUUUGAAAUUUUACAAAAAAGACAGAAACCUUUAAACCUUUCUCGAAAACUAGUAGUAGAUUAUGAUGAAAUGUAUAGGAGAGCAAAGAUAUCAAGGAGAGCUAGGUCUUUUUUCCUUGAAUGA